UUAUUUUAAUUUGGAGUCUGCGAGUGCAAAAAUAAAAAAGACUGUUGGACGUAAAAAGUGGCAGUGUGUGUGUUAGAAAUAUGGCAAAAACGUACGAUUAUUUAUUCAAAUUAUUAUUAAUCGGUGAUUCUGGUGUCGGAAAAACGUGCGUACUAUUUAGGUUUUCCGAGGACGCCUUCAACACAACCUUCAUUUCAACGAUAGGUAUUGACUUCAAAAUAAGAACAAUAGAAUUAGAUGGUAAAAAAAUUAAAUUACAAAUAUGGGAUACAGCAGGUCAAGAGCGGUUUCGUACGAUAACGACAGCUUAUUACAGAGGGGCUAUGGGUAUAAUGCUCGUGUACGACAUCACAAAUGAAAAAAGUUUCGAGAACAUUAAAAAUUGGAUAAGAAAUAUCGAGGAGAACGCAUCAGCGGAUGUAGAAAAAAUGCUUUUGGGAAAUAAAUGCGAAUUAGAAGAGAAACGACAAGUUUCGAAAGAACGAGGCGAACAACUCGCCAUUGAAUAUGGGAUUAAAUUCUUUGAGACUAGCGCUAAGGCCAGUAUUAGGGUUGAGGAGGCUUUUUUUACACUUGCUAAGGAUAUUAAAACUAAAAUGGAUAAAAAAUUGAAGGAAGCAAGUAAUCCAACAAAAGGUGGUCAUCAAUUGAAAGCAGAACCGCCACGGAAAGUGACCAACUGGUUGUCGCGUUGUACGUUACUCUGACCUCUCGGUGUCGUAAAAAAAAGUAUUAUUAUUACAACUCCAUACUGUCACAACUGGGUGCAACAAACAAUUACAAAUAAAAUUAUUAAAAAAAGUCAACAAAAAAAAGAAAUCGUUUUUGAAACUGCAACCGUUUGGUAAUUAACAAGAAAAAUCGUUAAGUAAUAAGUUUAUGAAAUAAAAAAAUAAAAAAAUCAUGGUUACAAGUCGUUGCGAAGUGAAUGAUAAAGCCUUAAAAAAUAAUAUUCCUUUGCACGUAAUAUUUGUGCGAACCACAUCAAUAUUAAAACACACACACACAGAAAAUGGGAAAAUGAAGGUAAAAAUUAAUAAAUUUAUUGAUGAUGUAAUAGGGUGUAGUGGUUUUAUAAGUAAAAGUUGUGAAAUCAUGUAAACCCAGUUAUAUGUGAUGUAUUUGCUACUCUAAAAUUACGUUGAAGUUGUUAAUUGUAAGGGAUUUAUUUGUUUAAUGUAUAAUCAAACGUAUCCGUUUUAAAAGUAAAAAGAAACUUUAAAAGGAGAUGAAAUCGGGUUUAUUUUCUAUCGUGUAACGUCUUUAAAACAAAAUGGUUUUGUACUUUUUUUUUAUGUACCUUACAUGUUGUUUAAAGAGGUUUUUAUCUUUAAUUGAAAAAUAAACAUAAUUUCUGUUUGUUAUUGUUUUUUCUUUAACAUUCUAUAACUUUUUUAUAGCUAUAAUUAGAUAAAGAACAAUUUAAGCAAUAUGUAUUGUACUUUUAUAAAUGUUAACUUCUAUUAUUCAUUGAUAUACAUAUAUUUAUAUGUUACUUUACUUCUUUUUUCUUCACUUAUGUGAUAAAUACCUACAAAAUAUUUGUAAAAUAAAUUUCAACACAUAAGUGCAAUUUUUGGCCUCCAUACAACGUAAAUUGUGACGACAAACUGAAUUAGGGCGCAUAGCAAUACUAUAUUCAUUUUUGUACUGUUUUAUAUUAACUUUAUGUUAGCCCUUGUAUUACAACCUUUUCAUUAUUUUUAUUAUUUCUUUAUUUUUUUAAUAAAUUGUUUUGUAAACCUUAGGAGACUGUAAUAGACAAUGAUAACCAUGCUUGAGAUUAAUUUAUUUGCGAACGAUCCCGUAUUAGUUUAUUACUUAAACAUAGAUUUUGUACGUUUUUAUAAUAUGUAAAUUACGAGAAAAAUGAAACGGUCAUCAUCACAUUUAAGGUAGUGUAUUUUAUCGAAUGCCCUUCCUGUGAAGUUAAAUAAAUAAAUAUCGCUACUCUUUGUAGGUUUACACUUUGUCUAUGACGGAAAAUAAUAAUAAAUAAUGGUCAAUAUUGAUAUUUCUA